AUGAAUCGAGUUGAGUCUACCCUUGAUGCUAUCAUAGUUCAAUUAGAUGCAAAUAAUUUUCGGAUAUGGAACCCAACUGAAGUGAAAUUACUCAUCUCGCUGAUUGAAACAUACUAUACACGGGUAGGCAGAUCGUGCAAUAGGGACUUGACUGCCUUAUUUAUGAGUCCAAGAGAAAGCUCUAAGCAUGUAGAACUCUGCGAUCAUUCAGAGUUGAGCUACGCAUGUGGCUUUGCUAAACUCAACAGGUGUAACACGAUAGCUGAAGCGGAAAAUACACAAGAACAUGAUAAUCAGAAUGCCACAUCAACAAUGAUGGAAGAAGAUUUGUUGUUCCAAGCAUCUUCAUCUUCUAUGUGUUUUCCAUCGGAAGAACAAGUUGCCGAGGUUGAUCGGAACCUCACACGCAUUCGUUAUUAUCUACAGAAAAAAUGUCCUUGGGGUAGCCUGAAUGAACCUUCCUACUCACCAUACAAUACGUAUGACAGAUGCACACCCGUCCUGAAGGAUCUCCACGGAGUAAAAUGUAUCGAAACACACAAGAAAAUCCCUCGAAGUUGUGAUGAGGCGAGUGAGGAGUGCUGUUCACAUGGAAAAAAGGGAAGUGACGUUAAUAAUGAAGUUGUUCCUUCGUUCUCUUUACUUGAGUCGGGACCAGCGCGCCUUCCUGCUACAUUGGUACCGCCACCCGUUUGUGUUGUAGAUGCUUUUUUAUACAAUACAGACGACAUUGAGGCACUAGUGGCAGAAAGGCAACUCUGUCGCGAAUAUUGCCGUCGCUGCGGUUCUAUAGAUAUCGGCCUCGUAGAUUUCAUUACGCACUCUUUUUCACAAGAUCAGCUGGUCUACCUCAGCUGCUUUUUGGUGCCAAUGCUUGUAGCUAAGGCAACGUCUAGGUCGUGUCUCACUGUGAAGGCUGCUGCAGGGCAUCAAGGCGAUGGUGAACCUCGUCGUGGCCCCCCCCUCUCCCCUUCUUCCCAACCCCAGACUCAGGAACCGCAUGGUGACGACCGCAUCCGACGCGUUGAGUCCGUGUCGCUGGUGGAUGUCGGCUCUCGUCUGGGUGUCGUGCUCUGGUCAAUGUACUUUGCGGCCAAGGCGGGUGUGUAUGACGUGAAUUCGGUGACAUCCGGUGAUUCAGCGGGGAGAGUUCUCCUCAAGCGGGUAUUGGGGGUUGAGCGUGAUCCUCACUUUGUAUUGAUGCAACGAGAGCUUGGACGGCGGUACUGUGCUCAGCCGUUUCUUUUCCUUGAUAUUCUUGAGAGUGAUUGCUUCGAAGGAGAAGGGGCCGCUGCCCUAGAAUCUUCAGAUUUCAUUGUUCUCCACAAUGUCUUUGAGUACUUCAGUGAGUCUCCAGAGAAACACUUGUGCUGCUGGAUGAAGCUUCGAGGGCUCGUACGGCGACCUGGCCAGAUUCUUAUCUGCUCUCCUAGUUUACAAGAAACUUUUGGAAGUUUUGAUCAAAUCGAUGAAAAUUAUUUAAGUGAAGUUCUGACCUCGGAAUUAUCAACAUCAGAUACACUGCAAGCUGGGAAAGGCUCAAAGAAGAAGAAUCGAACUCAGCCUAGUAAUUUGGAAGGUAAAGGGGAAAAGCCCUCGAAACGGUUAAGAGAGGAUGUAUCCGACGUGAAGAAAUCCCUUAACAUUACUCGGGAUGUAAAGGCGAACCGUAAGUGGCAAAAAGAAUGGAUUGACUCCUACGUAGAGAGCGUUAAUGUCGAUGCAAUUGUGAAGUGCUUUCUAAGGCUUCGCAUGGAAUCGCAGACUAUUUUUCACAAUGCAGGGAGUUUUGACGAAGAAAAGAGUCCCGAGUCGCCCCUCAAACGCCAUGCGCUUCAUCAUGGCUCCGAAGAAUAUCGUGACUACUCUAAACAGUUGGAUGAUGUUCACUCAUCUCUUGAUUCUAUUCAGCUUGAGUUAGAGGAUCAGGUUCGCAAUAUUUUUGUCUAUCGCGUAAAAUAA